CAGUGCUCUAGUGCGGUGCGUGAACAGAGGGCGUACCUACUCGCCGUAGUCGCUUGUUGCUCUCUUGGGGCUCCGUGCUGGGGACCUUCACUCCGGCUGCUGGAGGGUGUAUUGUAGUAGGACUUUGUAGGGUGAGCGACGUGACCCCCGCUUCCGUGACCGUCUGACCCCGACAUUGUUAUUCUACCCGGCAUCAUCGCGGUCCUGACAAACGUCGAGUCAGAGGUCUGGGUGGGACAAAAACAACCACCCCAUCCAUGGCGUCGGGCACGCUCUGCUCGACGCCGUGCGCUUCGUAGUUUUUUCUUGGAAAAGUUUUAUUUUUUUUCCGACGUCGCUAUCGGGGCUUGUGGCACGAGGCCCUUACCCGUCGUCCGCCGCCGCGCGGGCCGGCAACGGGCGUCCCCGACGUCAAGUUAUGACAUUUACUCUGCACGUGGUGCAAUUCCGAAGAUGUAAGACGGCCUUUGCCGACUUCCCCUAAGUACCGUGUGGCCUUAUUAGGGCCUUUGGAGGGCCUCAUUAGGGCCUUAUUAGGCAGUGGACAGUCUAGCCUGCUGUCCGAUCAGCCGUGUGAUCCCAGGGCAAACACCGCAAGGGAGGGCUGCGCCAGGUUAGGGCGACACGAGGGGCGCAGGGGAUUGGGGAGCGGAGCGGGGAAGGUGCGGCGGAGGGUGCGGAAUAGGUGCGGAGGGUGCGGAACAGCUGGACCGGAGGAGCCUCUCUACUCCUUCCAUGAGGACGGCGGCGUAGCCGGGCCUAGUCCAGCAUGGGCAAGAGCCCGCCCGCCCACGCGGUGCCCGCAGCGUGACGGGCACGUGUGACGGGCCGGCCACCCGUGUGACGGGGCUGUGACGGCCGCGAUGACGGUGCGGUGCGCGCGCGGGCCGGGCCCCGCCCCCGCGCCCAACAUGGCGGGCCGGAGCGGCGCGCCCGCGCAGGCCGGCGGCGGAGGCGGCGGCGGAGCGCCCGCCAAGAAGACGAGCAGCGCGGGGUCGGGGCUGACGGCACCCACCCCCGCGCGCGCCGCCCCCGGCCGGGCCGCCGCCGCCGCCCCCGAGGCGCAGGCGCCCCGGUGCCCGCUGUCCACCGGCCUCCUCGACACGAGGCUCAUCCCCUGGCCGGGCAUGCGCUUCGCCUGCGUCAGGGUGCUGGAGCUGUACUGCAAGGUGUUCAACCAGGCCGAGCUGUACGAGCUCAUCAUUAGGAAGACCUGCCAGAGCUGUAAGUGCCCCCGCGAGGCGCACGAUGUCUACCACGAGGAAUGGGUCAACGUCUGCGAGCGGCUGGGCUUCCGCACCGACCUGGACCAGGAUGGCGCCGAGCGGGCCGGCGGCCUCAAGGGCAACCCCGGCGCUCGGAGCACCAAGGAGCGCGCCCAGGCCGAGGGCUACUCGUGGGUGCCUCCGGGCCUCGCCAGCCACAAGAUCGCGGAGUACUUCAGCGCGCUUCCCGCGGACAAGGUGCCGCAGCUAGGCGGGCCGGGCGAGAAGCACCGAGACCGGCAGCUGGUGUCGCAGCUGCCCAAGCAGGACCUCGCGCUGGCCUACUGCCGGCACGUGGAAAAGCAGCACCACGCUUCCUACGAGGACUUCAUCCACGCCCGGAACGAGAUCGCCCUGGACAUCGGCUACGUGCAGGACCACGCUAGCCAGGACAUGGACUGCCCGGAGUGCGGGCGGACCGUGGCGGGGCACGAGGUGGCCGUCGUGGCGCCCAAGCUGGGCGCGGCCAUGCGCUGGCACCCGGCCUGCUUCUCGUGCUCGCAGUGCCGCGAGCUCCUCGUCGACCUCACCUACUGCGUGCACGACGACGCGCUCUUCUGCGAGCGGCACUACGCCGAGCAGCUCAAGCCGCGGUGCGCCUCCUGCGACGAGUUGAUUUUCAGCGGCGAGUACACCAAGGCCAUGUCCAAGGACUGGCACGCGGGCCACUUCUGCUGCUGGCAGUGCGACGAGUCGCUCACCGGCCAGCGCUAUGUGCUGCGCGACGAGCACCCCUACUGCAUCAAGUGCUACGAGUCCGUCUUCGCCAACACGUGCGAGGAGUGCAGCAAGACGAUCGGCAUCGACUCUAAGGAUCUGUCGUACAAGGACAAGCACUGGCACGAGGCGUGCUUCCUCUGCUCCAAGUGCCGCGUGUCCCUGGUGGACAAGCAGUUCGGCUCCAAGGCGGACCACAUCUACUGCGGCAACUGCUACGAUGCGCAGUUCGCCUCCCGCUGCGAUGGCUGCGGCGAGAUCUUCCGUGCUG